AUGCAGCCAGGCUUCCCUUUGGCCACAGGUCCCGUGGUCGCCUGCCCGGCGCCAGACGAAGAUGUGUGCGUGUUCAAGUGCUCGGUGUCCCGAGAGACGGAGUGCAGCCGCGUGGGCAAGCAGUCCUUCAUCAUCACCCUGGGCUGCAACAGCGUCCUCAUCCAGUUCGCCACCCCCAACGAUUUUUGUUCCUUCUACAACAUCCUGAAAACCUGCCGGGGCCACACCCUGGAGCGGUCCGUGUUCAGCGAACGGACGGAGGAGUCCUCCGCGGUGCAGUACUUCCAGUUUUAUGGCUACCUGUCCCAGCAGCAGAACAUGAUGCAGGACUACGUGCGAACGGGCACCUACCAGCGCGCCAUCCUGCAGAACCACACCGACUUCAAGGACAAGAUCGUUCUCGAUGUUGGCUGUGGCUCCGGGAUCCUGUCAUUUUUCGCCGCCCAAGCUGGAGCAAGGAAGAUCUAUGCGGUGGAGGCCAGCACCAUGGCCCAGCACGCCGAGGUCUUGGUGAAGAGUAACAACCUGACCGACCGCAUCGUGGUCAUCCCCGGCAAGGUGGAGGAGGUCUCACUCCCCGAGCAGGUGGACAUCAUCAUCUCGGAGCCCAUGGGCUACAUGCUCUUCAACGAGCGCAUGCUUGAGAGCUACCUCCACGCCAAGAAGUACCUGAAGCCCAGCGGAAACAUGUUCCCUACCAUUGGCGAUGUCCACCUCGCACCCUUCACGGAUGAACAGCUCUACAUGGAGCAGUUCACCAAAGCCAACUUCUGGUACCAGCCAUCCUUCCACGGAGUGGACCUGUCGGCCCUCCGAGGUGCCGCAGUGGACGAGUAUUUCCGGCAGCCUGUAGUGGACACAUUUGACAUCCGGAUCCUGAUGGCCAAGUCUGUCAAGUACACAGUGAACUUCUUAGAAGCCAAAGAAGGAGAUUUGCACAGGAUAGAAAUCCCAUUCAAAUUCCACAUGCUGCAUUCAGGGCUGGUCCACGGCCUGGCUUUCUGGUUUGACGUUGCUUUCAUCGGCUCCAUAAUGACCGUGUGGUUGUCGACGGCCCCAACGGAGCCCCUGACCCACUGGUACCAGGUCCGGUGCCUGUUCCAGUCACCACUGUUCGCCAAGGCCGGGGACACGCUCUCAGGGACAUGUCUGCUUAUUGCCAACAAAAGACAGAGCUAUGACAUCAGUAUUGUGGCCCAGGUAGACCAGACGGGCUCCAAAUCCAGCAACCUCCUGGAUCUGAAAAACCCCUUCUUCAGAUACACAGGCACGACGCCCUCGCCCCCACCUGGCUCCCACUACACGUCUCCCUCCGAGAACAUGUGGAACACGGGCAGCACCUACAACCUCAGCAGCGGCAUGGCCGUGGCUGGGAUGCCGACUGCCUACGACCUGAGCAGUGUUAUCGCCGGCGGUUCCAGCGUGGGCCACAACAACUUGAUUCCUUUAGCCAACACGGGGAUUGUCAAUCACACCCACUCCCGGAUGGGCUCCAUAAUGAGCACGGGGAUUGUCCAAGGGUCCUCCGGCGCCCAGGGCAGCGGCGGCGGCUCGAGCUCGCACUAUGCAGUCAACAGCCAGUUCACCAUGGGCGGCCCCGCCAUCUCCAUGGCCUCACCCAUGUCCAUCCCGACCAACACCAUGCACUACGGGAGCUAGGGGCCCCGCCCCGCGGACUGACAGCACCAGGAAACCAAAUGACGCCCCCGCCCACCCUGCCCCACCGGGCGGCUUUCCCCCUUGUACUGGAGGAGCCUGAACACCUGGUCACCGCCCUCUUUGCUAUGGGAACUUGGACACUUUUUUUACACAGCGUUGCCGCCGCCCCCACCCCACCCCCACAUCCCGGCCCUGAGCGCGUGUCGCUGCCAUAUUUUACACAAGAUCAUGUCGUGGGAGUCCUCGUCCCCCCUCCUGCCCUCUCCACCCUGCCCUGGGUUUGACAUCUGCUGUAACAGGCGUGCCGGGGCCUGCCAGCUGCACCAGGGUGGCAGGGGUGGGGGGGCAGGGGAGCAGCUGCCCUGCGCGUCCCUCGGCACCUGCCCCUGGCCUGGCUCCAGAGGGAAAGCGGCCUGGCCGGGCGGGGCCUCCCCUUCGGCGACCAGGCCUUGGUCACAACGGGCGUGACAUGCUGCUUUUUUUAGUUUUAUUUUUUUACGAAAAGAACCAGUGUCAAUCCACAGACCCUCUGAGAAGCCAGGCCGGCCGGGCCGAGCCAGCAGCCCCUCCCCCCAGACUCAGGGGCUCAGCGGCGAGGGGCGGCCCGCCGAGGCCCCCCCCACCAAAGGGUUCACCUCACACUUGAAUGUACGACCCGCCCCACCGUCGGGAAGGCCUCCGUCCUCGGCCCCUGCCUCUUGCUGCUGUCCUGUCCCUGAGCCCCUGCACCCCACACCCAGAGCUAGAACAGGUGGCCGCAGGCCAUGGGCCUGGAGGGAAGGUCACCGUCAGCCGCUUGGGGCAGACGCAGACACACCUCAAGGAUCUGUCACGGAAGGCGUCCUUCUCCCUCGUAGCUAACGUUAGGCCUGUGCACUUCCCCUCCGUAUGCGUAGAUUGCUCCUGUCCCUACUACUACGAUGGCAUUUUGGCCCCUCCCAGACUGGGAAGGGACCUUGCAGGGACCUCUCCCU